ACAUGUCCAUCAACGUCAAGGUGGAGUUCAGUGGGGGCAUGGAGCUUCUGUUCGACAAUGUUCGACACCACACAAUUGAGCAACCCGCAAAUUCCUCAGAUAAUCAGCCAAGCACUCUCAAAGAUCUCAUAUUCUAUAUCCGUGAUAACAUGAUGACUGAAAAGAAGGAACUCUUUGUUGAUAAAGACACUGUCCGACCUGGAAUAUUGGUGUUGAUCAACAAUGUCGACUGGGAACUUUGCGAUGAGCUCGAUUACCAAUUGCAAGACAAUGAUGAAAUUGUCUUUAUUAGCACUCUGCAUGGAGGUUGAACUAGAAUACAAUUAUUACUUUUUUUACAAUAUAGUGUACAGUCUAUCAUAAACGCAACGGCAAAACUGGCCAAAGAACAGUGUCUUGAGUACAGCUUGCGGUAUACGUGAAGUUAACGAGAUGUUCUAAAG